AUGCCGCCCUCUCAAGAUGAGAUUAGGGUUGUGGAUGCUGACGGUCAACGCAACCCGAUUGUUAUGGUCAACGGCAAAGAAGUCAUCGUGAGCUCUGCGACCGAGAAGCCGAACCGCUCUUUCUGGGUUGCUUGGAUGUACAUUUUUGACUGGUACCCUAGUCACUACUCUCCGGAAGAAAAGAAACUAGUAAGGAAACUUGACUGCAUCUUGCUCACUCUGUGCUGCCUUUGCUUCUACAUAAAAUGGCUUGACCAGAACGCACUUAAUACUGCGUAUUGGUCUGGUAUGCGCGAAGAAUUGGCCAUCAAGGGCAACGAAUAUUCACUCUUCGGAACCUUUUACAAUAUCGGCUACAUGAUCUUCGAGAUACCAAGCAUGUUGAUAAUAUCUCGCCCAAAGCUUGCUCGCUACUACGUCCCAACUAUGGAGGUUGCCUGGUCUAUCUUAACUUUCACGCAAUCUCGCUUGAGCAGCGUACCGCAAAUUUAUGGUCUCCGGUUCCUCCUCGGUGUUCUCGAAACACCCGCCUCGACUGGUUCUAUCUAUCUUCUAACGUCAUGGUACCGCUCUGAUGAGGUUUUCAAGCGCGCUGGAGUCUGGUAUGUCUCAAGUAACGCUGGCGCCAUGUUCAGCGGUUACCUACAGGCCGCUGCCCACAAAAACCUCAACGGAGUUCACGGCAUGUCAGGUUGGCGCUGGCUGUUCAUAAUCGACGGGUCUAUCUCGCUGCCUAUUGGUCUUGCUGGCUUCUUCUUGUACCCCGGGCUUCCCACCAGUCCUAAGGUCUGGUGGCUGACAGAAGACGAGAGGAGGCUAGCUGUCGCACGCAUGCAGAGCCAGGGUACGAAACAGAGUUCAAAAAUCGGAAAACGUAUGCUCAAGCGUGUAUUCACUCAUUGGCAUUUCUACGUCGCGGUCUUGACAUACGUCUUUUUCCAAUGCACAAGCUACGUUGGUGGCCAGAUGCAAGCUUGGCUAAAGAAAGAAGCUGAUCUCAACGGAACCUACACCAUCGAAGAGAUCAACCUUAUUCCUACUGGUGUUCAGGGUCUUGCUAUCGUUUGCGGCAUUUUCAUCACUAGUUUGGUGAUGAUAUAUCCGAUGUGGAUCGUUUUCUCGGUCGUCACGGCAAUCCUGCUCUUCGCAAAUGUGUGCCUUCGAGUAUGGUACAUUCCGCUUGGUCUUCACUUCACUUGCUACUACCUGCUGGGUCUCACGUCCUGUGUAACCCCCAUCCUCUUCCCGUGGGUGAACAUGAUAAUGAAGGACGACAACGAAGCACGAAGCUUCACUACUGGUGCUAUGAUGACUAUCGGCUGGGCCUUCUUCUCCUUCUAUCCGAUCACCGUAUUUCCUAUCCUGGAGGCGCCGCAAUGGACAAAAGGCUAUACUGUCAAUAUUGUCUUCAUCAUAUGCUACUGGGCGCUCUUCAUGAUUGGACAGUAUCUCUGGCGUCGCGAAGAGAAAACCAGGAAGUUUGACAUUAACAGGCCCGAGGGCGAGGACGAGCUCGAAAAGUCAGAGGCGGUGUAUGUCGAGGUUGCGGACGGCAAGGCAACGAAGUAA